CAGCUGAGUCAUAAGAAUGUGCCACAUUUCCCUUGAACAUUCCCAAAGACAUCUGACGAAGACUCCAUUCUUUUCCCUCGUACAAAUGGGAAAGCUUGCCUCUGGGUCUGUUUCGAAGUUCGAACCAAAACCCCGAAAACUCGCCUCCAGCUGCYACAUUAUUUUCGAAGUAAUUCAUUGGGUUUGUAAUCCAGAAGGUUGCAGCGCUUCUAUCGGUUUCGUCCCCAUUAUUUUUCGUUGGUUGAUUGGGAAUGAUCUGUGUAGCUCUUUUUGUCCUCGCACCAAGAUUGUUCGAGAAAGUAUUGAAUCGCUCGAAUCCAUCUUCGACCAUAAAACAGUGCCCAAAAGUAUCAUAUGCAACGUUGUUAUCGACUAAUAAGUUAUCUGUCCCGUGGACCACAGCGCAACGCUGGUUUGUUCCACGGAUGAGAUUUUUUGAAAGUCUGGAUCCUGUGACAUCUCCGCAUACAUGGAAAUGAAGAGGCUGACGGAUGCGCAAUUGAAGGGUAACAGAGGACGAGAAAAAUGAGCCGACGCGAAAUGCAUUGGUUAUAUAGCUCUUCCACGAAAACAAAACUUACAUAACGACCAAGUUCUCCAGCCUGGCCCAUGUUGGUAACUUCAAGGCCAACAACACUCUGUCCGCCUCCUGGAGUGAGGAAGAUCAUUAUGUGUCCCCCAUGCAAAGGAUCUGGGUCGUCUUCAGCRCCCUGUACUUUAAUAUUUCGAGACAAGACUGCAACUUCUGUGGCGUAUCUGUUGUCAUCUUUCAAGGUUGUUGGAGCCUUGAUGGUUUCGUUCAACACAAUGUUCACAUAGCCAGCUUCAUUUGAUGGUUCGAUCUUUGUAAUGCUGCGAACUUGUUCCUCGUCCCAUCUGUUCGUGUGAGAAGUGAUCAGCAACUCAGCGCCAACUCCCCACUUUCCAUUUACUGAAUCAUCGACCUUAAUCGCAUUAACUGGUCCUGAGAGCUGAACAAUACUUAUGUUGUCAACAUCAUAAUCGAUAAACCUCUCUGUUUCAAAGAUAAUUUCAUACUCCAAGUCGCCAUGGUUCACAAGGCCUYCUGGUACUGUAAAUUGCUUGUCACAGCUUUGCCAAGUGCUACUUUCGUCUUCGGGAUUACCACAUCUGGCAAUUUCAAACCAAUUGUCUCGAUCGGUUUCACGUUUCACUUUUAGGCGUACUCUGAAGCCAUACGUUUCAGGGUUGGGGCGUUCCUGAUUUGGGUGGAGUCGAUAGUCCACUUUCACACGGUAUACAGAGUUUGUGCUCAUGCAUCCUAUACCUGUAUUCCAGCGAAGACCGCCAUGGUGCGAGUUACCACGACCAGAAAUUCUGAAGUAGUGAUUGCUGAGAUUGUCCUCAUCUUGAGUAACAAAAACGUUUGAAUAGUAUGCAUCUGCUUUGUAAGGGAACGAACUAAGCGGAUCCAUCUCUGCGUCACCGUUAGGAAGGGCAAGAUCGCCACAUACAUCUCCRGGUUUUCGAUAGGCUGCUUCUGGGGCCAACUUAAAUUGAAACUCGUAGACUUCAAUGGUAACACCAGGGUCUGGCCCAUACAAAUGGAAGAUACUAUAAAUAUUGGAAGGUUCUAACAUCUCUUCACUGAAAACAAUCGUUUCCGAAAUGAUAAUCUAGCAGGAGAGGAGAUGACGGUUCGCUUAGACUCAAUCGCCGUGACAGAAAAUGAUGGUGGAAAUAGGCUUGCUAAAGUUCACUUACCUCGUCACCAUACCGCCAUUUAUAACUUUCUUCUUCGUGAUAGGGAUAUUCUCUCCCCGUAGAACCGUUCAUACGUUUCCAUUCAAACAUUAUAUCGAGACAUCCGGAGCCAUCUGAUGAGCAAUUGGAUUCUUGAAUUUCAUUGGGACCUGUGUCAUCCCGAUACGUUUUGACACGAGCAUUUAAUUCGUAGCGGACAUUUGGCUUGAUGCAACGAAUGACGUCUAAUAAAUCGAAAAUAGGCCCGUGUGAUACRUCACGACGAGCCGACACCUUGAGAGAACUUUCGGUAUAUUCAAAAUUGCUCCCAAGGCUACUGUCCACAUGGUAGAACGAAGURGUAGGCUUUGAUGGAGUUGAAAAAUCUUCAUGAAUUAUUUUCCCAUCUUCRGAACAUAGCGGAAGAUCUACCACUCCAGGAUAGACUUCGAUAGGAGCAACAGAUGCACCUGAACCAGCUGUGUUGGCUAAUACAUCCUGGAUAUGUACCCAAGUUGGGGUAUCGUAGUCAGAAGAAGGCAUUCCGUCAACCAACAGUUUCCCUCCAGCUACAACAAAUGGUUUCUUGCCUAUGGAGCACGGUUGUCCUCUGCAUUUAGAUGCAUUGCUAUCGGCCGGCUGAAACGUUUUGGGAGAUGUUCCAGUGAGCGUUAUCGUGAUGGCUUGAGUUCCGUCCCAGAUUUUGUUGGAAUUAAGUUGAAGUUCUCCCUGGACGAUAACGAAAGGAGUUUCGAUGUCAACGGCCGUCGAGAUCACGAGCUUACCAAUAACAUUCAAACCACCUGUGAGCGCUAAGGAUCUCUCAGAGAUGUCUAAAUUGAUACACUUUCCGCAUGGGAUAGAAAUCUCCUUUGCUUGGGUAGAAGAAUCGCCAAAUGUUUCUUUCCAUGAUUCGCAUUUGUCCAGGUUGGCGAGGGCAGCAUUGCAUUCGAGCGGGUGGAAAAAAAUCUCCUCUGGGAUAUUGGAUGCCACCAAGUGAAAGAUUGAGGAGAUGAAAACAAGUCGGUUGACAUUCAACAUUGUUUUGAAACAAGAAUGCGAUUAAGAAGAAACUUUGCCCCAAUAGACAACGAAAUAUUURGGGACCUUAUUGUGGAUAGGAUUGCUUUAUUUUGUGAGAUUUACAAGACCAUACUAGAGAUUCAUGUUUUUUAACAUGACUUGUCAAAAACGUUUGGUAACAACUGCAAUGCAUUCAUUGUUGAAAUGUGAAGCACAAAAAAAUGUGUCUCUACACCUUCAGAAGAAGCGAACCGUGUGCAAUAAGAGGGAUAUUAUUAUUGUUCUUAAAGCGCUGAAUGRUGGAACAUGCAAAGUUCGUCAUCAAGUUCCACACGGUUCCGACUUCCGACUCAUUUUGUCUUGAUACGAGAGAUCGUAUGAACAAAAACCAAAAAUAUAUAAAUCCGAUUACACAUAUAUGGGGUUCGGUGCGUAUCAUUUUUUUACGAUCAAGUAAUUACUAAUCCUACUAMAAGACUACUACUAUUACGUAGUGGUGAUUACUGUAAAAUAGAGUACGCGUACGAACUAUAAUAGAGUUGCCAUAGAUGACUCGCUAAUACGAUUAGGUUUUGAAAACGGUACUGAAACUGAAUUCCGAAAAAUUAUAAGAUCAUAAAGAAAGGCCAAUUUAAUUUUUCUGUUUGUAUCUCGAUGGAUCACUUCUUAUCAAAAUGCUUGUUUUCWACGCAAUCAUUUAUGGAAUACGGCACUGAAAACUUGUUCCACAGCACUGGUCCACRAGGGAAAACCGCAUCGAAAACCCAUCUAAUCGUGGUUAUAAGAAGUAUUCUCUUCGUAACGGUAUUUUCAAUAUUGAAGAAGUUCGGAAAACACUUGUAUCUUWACAUUAAAUACAGUACAAGUAAUACUUAUGCUACAGUAAUACAGUACUGUAAAUAGUAAUAAUAACAAUCCUGUAGGUUUGACCAAUACGUAAUGGCUGAAUUUUCCGGGUUGCUCUUUGUAAAUCGUAAGGCAGCAGAGAAAAAGGAGGACAACUAUUAUUAUUUUUUCUUACUCGUACUAGUCAGCGUUUUGAGAUUGUUUCCUGGUCAUAAAUUUUUUUGUUCAGCACCGAAAUGCAAGACAAAAGUACAAGUAUUUGCAUUCAGAACGUCCAGCCAUGAUCAAUCGCAUUCCAGUGCUCAGUGCUAUAAUUUCGUCCGCCGUCAUUUUUGUUUCUUUGGCUACCGACUUCACCGAAGCUAGAUUGGGGAAUGAUCCGGGACGGGGUCUCUUACCAUCGAAAUUUACAUCGUCGUCGGCGUCCGAAGUUCGAGAUGCGGAUUUACAAGCUGGUAAUUCGUUGGAUUUAAGGCAACAAGAAAUAAAUCGACAUGAAGAAGUUCCAAUCAAUGAAGGUGUUGCAGUAYCAAACGAAAAUGAGGGAUGCGAUGUCCCUUGUUCGGAUGGAAGUGGGAGGAUCACGGUUUGCCAUCCACGGGCGGGAGGGUUUGUCCAAAUCUGUACAGAAAGGGAAUCAUUUGACGAUCACAAAGCCAAGGGCGAUGUGUGCGGAUUAUGCAUCUCUGCCGAUAUGUGAUUKUAUUUUUAAAAGUAUCAAGCUCAACGUCACAAAGUUUAAGCAACCUGGUGCUAUCAUCAAAACCUAGCGUACCAUAUUUAAUGCUAAUAGAAUUAAAAUAAUAGA